UCUCUCUCUCACACGGCGGGAAACGGCUUAUUUUGGGGAAAGCGUCCCUCCAAAAGCCCGACUCUCACCUUCUUCAAAACCCUAAGAAAAAAACAAAAAAUAUUUAAUCGAAAAUAAAUAUAAAGAAAAUUUACAGAUUCACUGAUUGUUAUUGUUCCUUUGCUUUUGUUAUGGUCUCCCUCCCUUCCAUGGCGGUACCGUUGCAGAAGUUCAUGCAUGAAGAAGAAGAGAACGACACCGGAACUCCAAGAAGGUACCUACCCCUCCGCCACGUCUAUUCGGCUACUUCUCCUUGCGUUAGCGCUAGUGGAUCCUCGAACGUUAUGUCGAAGAAGGUGAAAGCUCGAAAGCUUAUCGAAGAACCCCUCGGUGACCCUAUUGACGAUUCAGGUAAAAAAGGGUCGCAGUCGCAGAAGCCCCCUCUCAUUCAUGUCUACACCAGGAGGUUGAAGAGGCCCCGGCAUUGUGCGGAUAAGCUCUCAUUCUUCGAUUAUUUACUGAAACGAGUCGAAUCAGAAUCGAAGAGCUCUAAUGGAAUUGACCCAAGUGAAGAUUUUGGAGGAAAUCGGUUUGGGGGUAGCGAUAUUGACGACAUUGGAGAUGGUAAUUUGGGGAAGAUUCGAGCUGGUGAAUCGGAGGUUGGGUUCGACUCGGUGAAGACCAAAAGAAUCGUUAAGAGUAAUAAGAAAGUGGGCAAGAAUGAGCUGCUCAAAUUGGGUGUAGAUUCGAGUGUUUUUCGGGGUCUUGAUGGGCCUUGGUCUUGUGAGAAGAGCGAUACUGAUGGUACAAGGAGACUCAGGUUGUCAAAGGGAAUGCAGAAAUCUGAUACGCAGAAGGGCUCCUCUUGUUCAUUUCGCACAAAGAAAUGGGUUGAGCUAAGUCUUGAGGAUGUUAAACCAAACAUAUUCAUCGGCUUAGAAUGCAAGGUCUAUUGGCCAUUGGAUAGUGAAUGGUAUUCUGGUUGCAUCGUUGGGUAUAAUUCCGACAUGAAUCAGCAUCGAGUUCAAUAUGUAGACGGUGAUGCCGAAAGUUUAAUUCUCUCAGAAGAGAGGGUCAGAUUUUAUCUCUCUCGUGAGGAAAUGCAGCGAUUGAAUUUGAGAUAUAGUGUUAAGAGUGUGGAUAUUAAUGGCCUGGAUUAUGGUGAGAUGGUUGUGCUGGCUGCUGGUUUUGAGGACUGUCAAGAGCUUGAACCGGGAGAUAUCAUAUGGGCAAAACUUACAGGUCAUGCUAUGUGGCCAGCAAUAGUUAUGAAUGAGGAACAUAUUAGCGCUCAUAAAGGUUUAAAGCCAACUUCAGCAGAGAGAUCAAUUCCGGUGCAAUUUUUUGGAACCCAUGAUUUUGCCAGGAUUAGUAUGAAGCAGGUCAUCUCAUUUCUUAAAGGCCUUCUUUCUUCUUUCCAUUUGAAGUGCAAGCAGACACGAUUCCGUCGAAGCUUAGAAGAGGCAAAAAUGUACCUGAGUGAACAAAAGCUCCCAGAAGCAAUGUUGAGUCUGCGAAAUAAAAUCAGCACUGACGAUUGUCAGAAUGCAAGUGCUGAGGGGGAAGGUAGCGAUUCUGAUGCUGUAGGAGAUGAAGGGUCACAUAGAACUCAGGAAGACAUUCAAACUUGUCCACUUGAAUUAGGGGAUCUCCGUGUUCUAAGUUUAGGAAAGAUUGUCAGAGACUCGGAUCAUUUUCAAAAUGAUCAGUGCAUCUGGCCUGAAGGUUAUAUAGCUGAGAGGAAGUUUACUUCCAUGUCAGAUCCAAGUGUAAGUACCUUCUAUAAGAUGGAAGUGCUGAGAGACCCUGAAUCAACAUUUCGACCUCUGUUUAGAGUUACAGCAGAUACUGGAGAACAGUUCAAAGGAACUACUCCAUGUGCUUGCUGGAACAAAAUUGACAGAAGGAUAAAAAAGAUACAGGACAAUUUAUCUAAUGGUGUUAGUGCCAGAGGUGGAGUGCAGAUGGCUGAAAAAUAUGGUUCUUACAUGUUUGGUUUCUCGAACCCUAAAGUUUUUGCUCUUAUACAGCAGGAGUUGUCAAAUUCUAGAGUGUCCUCAAAGUACUUAGGAUGUAAGUUUCCUUCAGAAGGUUAUGGGGACCUGCCGGUUGGUUACAGACCUGUUCAUAUUGACUGGAAAGAUCUUGAUAAAUGCAGUGUUUGCCACAUGGAUGAGGAAUAUGAAGACAACUUGUUUCUGCAGUGUGAUAAAUGCCGAAUGAUGGUCCAUGCGAGAUGUUAUGGUGAAUUAGAACCUGUUGAUGGGGCUGUAUGGUUGUGCAACCUAUGUGGGCCAGCGAUGGCCAAACAUCCUCCACCUUGCUGUCUUUGUCCUGUCGUAGGAGGUGCCAUGAAGUCUACAACUGAUGGACGCUGGGCUCAUCUAGCUUGUGCUAUAUGGAUACCUGAGACUUGCCUAUCAGAUAUCAAGAGAAUGGAGCCUAUCGAUGGGAUUAACAGAAUCAAUAAGGAUCGCUGGAAACUUUUGUGCAGCAUCUGUGGUGUUUCGUAUGGAGCUUGUAUCCAGUGUUCAAAUAAUAUUUGCCGUGUAGCAUACCAUCCACUAUGUGCACGUGCUGCUGGCCUUUGUGUAGAGCCUGAGGAUGAGGACAGGCUGCACCUCAUGUCUGUGGAUGAGGAUGAAGAGGAUCAAUGUAUUCCUUUACUUUCCUUCUGCAAGAGGCAUAGACAGCCAUCUAAUGAGCGUUGUUCACCUGCUGAUGAGCAAACUGGGCAAAUUACGAGGCAUUGUUCCAACUACAGUCCUCCAUCUAAUCCAUCUGGCUGUGCUCGUACUGAACCUUUUGAUUUUCGCCGGAGGAGGGGAAGGAAAGAACCUGAAGCCCUUGCUGCUGCAUCCUUGAAGCGGUUAUAUGUAGAGAAUAGGCCAUACUUGGUCACUGGUUACUGUCAAAAUGGAUCCUUGGGAAAUGUUCCCUCUUCCAAUCAACUCAUGGCCCCAAGAUUCUCUUCUAGACUUAAAAAUUCAAGAACCUCUCAGCACGAGACCCCUAAGAAUAUCCUUUCUGUAGCUGAAAAGUACGAAUACAUGAAGGAAACCUUCAAAAAGAGACUAGCAUUCGGGAAAUCUGGCAUCCAUGGAUUUGGCAUAUUUGCAAAACAAUCACAUAGAGCUGGAGAUAUGAUGAUUGAAUAUACUGGUGAACUUGUCAGACCCCCAAUUGCUGAUCGAAGGGAACAUUUCAUAUACAACUCAUUAGUGGGUGCUGGGACCUAUAUGUUCCGAAUUGAUGAUGAGCAUGUCAUUGAUGCCACCAGGGCAGGGAGUAUUGCUCAUUUGAUUAACCACUCAUGUGAACCAAACUGUUAUUCAAGAGUAAUAAGUGUUCAUGGAGACGAGCAUAUAAUUAUUUUUGCGAAAAGAGAUAUUAGCCAAUGGGAAGAACUGACUUAUGACUACAGAUUCUUUUCAAUUGACGAACAACUAGCAUGUUAUUGUGGGUUCCCCAGAUGUCGGGGAGUAGUUAAUGAUACUGAAGCAGAGGAGCGAAUGGCAAAGUUGUGUGUACCUCGUAGUGAAUUGAUUUACUGGAGAGGAGAAUAAGAAACUGCUAGAAGUUCAGUGCCCAAAUUUGCUUCAGCAAAUGUACCAUGCCCUUGCAACUGCAACCUUCAGGUUUGUUGAUUGGAUUUCCUUUUGGACUACACCCAGGUCCUCUACUUGCAUGGCGGGAGUGUAAUUUCAGCAUCCUUGUGCAUUUGGGAGCUUUGUCAGAAAAGAUAUUGUACGGAUUGUCUCCUUUGCUUCUUUCCCCUUUAUUUACAGAAUGAAGUUGUCUACUCGUUCUGUGAAUCACAAUGAGGAAAGCAAGAAUUCUACUAUGAGAAUUGAAAAUAGAAGUAGUCGAGCUGGUGUAUACUGUACAGUUUAGAAAGUCUGAUACUUGUAUUUAUUUGAACCUCCACAAGCUGAAUUGGCACCUGUAAGAUGAUUUUUCCCAAUUCAAUAUACCAGAAUGAACCUCAUUAUUUAUCCUUA